CUGAGAUAGCAUCCGUCCCUGUUGGGGAAAGGAACCAACUCUAUGCAUAUGUGUGUGUAUGCGUGAGUGGGUUAGGGUGAGGAUGAGAUGCAUGUCCAAUAGCCUAAUAGCAUCUCUCUCUUUUUGUAGCUGUGAAUAAGCUGUGUGUAGAAGCAGAAAAAGUUGCGAACAACAUUGGAACAACAUCAAGAACAAGGUACACCUCGGUGACAUGCGGUACAGAGACAGUGACUGUGGCAUUGUCUUCACAGCUGGACUUCCAUUUUCUGGACACCAUGAUCACAGCUAUGCAGCAAGUGUUGGAAAACCUAGGGGACUUGCCCAACUCCACUGGAGCCAAACACAUUGACCUGAUUUUUCUCAAAGGCAUCAUGGAAAGCCCCAUUGUUUGCUCACUUGCCAAGGCUCAUGAGCGUUUGGAGGACGUUAAGCUUGAGGCAGUGCAGGAGAACAAUUUGGAGCUGAUGACCGAGAUCCUGGGGGAUAUCCGUCUACUGACCUUGCGAGACAACAGUGCUAGGGAGCUUUCCCAAAUCCUCCAGGGCCCACACUUCCAGUCUCUCCUAGAAACCCAUGACAGGGUGGCAUCCAAAUGCUAUGAGACUCCGCCCCUAAUUGAUAUAGGCAAUGAGGUGGCUAUGAACAAUGCUCUCAUGCAGGCAGACGCGGUCAGAAUGAUUGGCAUCCGCAAGAAGGCGGGAGAGCCUCUGGGAGUGACGUUUCGGAUAGAGCAGGAUGACCUGGUCAUUGCACGCAUCCUUCAUGGAGGGAUGAUUGACAGGCAGGGCCUGCUGCACGUGGGUGAUGUCAUAAAGGAGGUGAAUGGGAGGCGGGUGGGCAGUGACCCUGUAGAACUGCAGGAGGCGCUGAGUGCCUGCAGUGGAGGGGUCAUGCUGAAGAUCCUGCCUAGCUACAGGGAGACACCACACCCACCUGAGAUUUAUGUACGGCCACACUUCGACUACAAUCCAGCCAAUGACACUCUCAAUCCAUGCAGAGAGGCAGGGCUUGCCUUCAGCCAGGGGGACAUUCUGCAGAUAGUGAACAGAGAGGACACAAACUGGUGGCAGGUGUACUUUACUGUACUGGCAUGUCUUGUGGUGGGUGGAGAUACAGGACUCAUUCCCAGUCAGUUUCUGGAGGAGAAGCGGAAGGCUUUUGUUCCAAAGGACUGGAAUGGAACAGGGGUGUUGUGUGGAACAGUGACUGGUAAAAAGAAAAAAAAGAUGAUGUACCUCACUGCUAGAAAUGCAGAGUUUGACCGACAUGAGCUCCAAAUCUAUGAAGAGGUAGCUCGCAUGCCCCCAUUCCAGAGGAAAACGCUUGUUCUGAUUGGAGCACAAGGAGUUGGCCGGCGAAGUCUGAAGAACCGCCUGGUGGUGCUGCAUCCAACAAGCUAUGGAAACACAGUACCAUUCACUUCCCGGGGGCCACGACCAGGUGAGCGCGAUGGCCAAACCUACCAUUUUGUGACACGGCUGGACAUGGAGCUGGACAUCAGGGCAGGUCACUACCUUGAGCACGGCGAGUACGAUGGCAACCUCUACGGCACCAAGAUCGACUCUAUCCAUGAGGUGUUGAUCACAGGCCGCACCUGCAUCCUGGAUGUCAACCCUCAGGCUCUGAAGGUGCUUAGAACAGCAGAGUUCAUGCCAUACAUAGUAUUCAUUGCAGCUCCUGAGUUUGAGACCCUGAAAACCAUGUACGAAGCUGUGGUCAAAGCCGGAAUCAGCACCAAACAUCUCACGGAUGUGGACCUUAAGAAGACUGUGGAUGAAAGUGCACGUAUCCAGCGGACUUACAGGCAUUACUUUGACUUCACCAUCGUUAACGACAACCUGGAUACAGCAUUCGAAACACUGCAGGCAACUUUGGAGAAGCUUUCUUUGGAACCGCAAUGGGUCCCUGUCAGCUGGGUCUACUGAAGACUCCACAGUCAAGACCCCUGCAUGUGUAAAUGUGUGUCUUCAAAUGUGUUUGUGUAUGCGUAGAUAUGUGUGUUCAUGUGUGAUUUGGCACUGAAGUGGUGGGUGAAGGGCAGAUGAAAUUAUUCAUAUGAACUGAUUAUCUGUGAGAGAGCCACAUCCUCAUUCCAUCUUAUCUCACACUCUAUUUUCUCUUGUUUCCACAUAAUGCAAAAUAUUUUCUACUGAAGGAAAAAAGGAAGGAAUACCUAUUUAUUUUGAUGUUUGUACAUUUUGAAAGGAUAUCUGUCUAUUCAAUAUUUCCUACAUCUUGGAAUUCCAAAAAGAAAGAAAACUAAACUAGCUUAUAAGAUUCAGAAUUAAUUUUUUAUUUAUUGAUUUUAUUCAU